UAGCCAUGGUUGACAAGAGCGAGGUGGUUCAGAAGGAGCUGGUCCAGAAGGCUAAGCUGGCGGAGCAGGCCGAGCGCUACGAUGACAUGGCGGCCUCCAUGAAGGCUGUAACGGAGGAGGGCACCCAGUUGUCCAACGAGGAGCGGAACCUCCUCUCCGUGGCCUAUAAGAACGUGGUGGGGGCCCGGCGCUCCUCCUGGAGGGUGGUGUCCAGCAUCGAGCAGAAGACUGAGGGUAGUGAGAAGAAGCAGGCCAUGGCCAAGGAGUACAGAGAGAAGAUAGAGAAGGAACUGAAGGAGAUCUGUAAUGAUGUGCUGGUAAGACUACUGUCUGUCUCUGUGUGUGGGUCUCUAUGAGAGGCAUAGUCUGUCUCUGUGUGGGGGUCUCUAUGAGAAGCAUAGUCUGUCUCUGUGUGGGGGUCUCUAUGAGAAGCAUAGUCUGUCUCUGUGUAGGGGUCUCUAUGAGAAGCAUAGUCUGUCUCUGUGUGGGGGUCUCUAUGAGAAGCAUAGUCUGUCUCUGUGUGGGGGUCUCUAUGAGAGGCAUAGUCUGUCUCUGUGUGUGUGUCUCUAUGAGAAGCAUAGUCUGUCUCUGUGUGGGGGUCUCUAUGAGAGGCAUAGUCUGUCUCUGUGUGGGGGUCUCUAUGAGAAGCAUAGUCUGUCUCUGUGUGGGGGUCUCUAUGAGAGGCAUAGUCUGUCUCUGUGUGGGGGUCUCUAUGAGAAGCAUAGUCUGUCUCUGUGUGGGGGUCUCUAUGAGAAGCAUAGUCUGUCUCUGUGUGGGGGUCUCUAUGAGAAGCAUAGUCUGUCUCUGUGUGGGGGUCUCUAUGAGAGGCAUAGUCUGUCUCUGUGUGGGGGUCUCUAUGAGAAGCAUAGUCUGUCUCUGUGUGGGGGUCUCUAUGAGAAGCAUAGUCUGUCUCUGUGUGUGUGUCUCUAUGAGAGGCAUAGUCUGUCUCUGUGUGGGGGUCUCUAUGAGAGGCAUAGUCUGUCUCUGUGUGGGGGUCUCUAUGAGAAGCAUAGUCUGUCUCUGUGUGGGGGUCUCUAUGAGAAGCAUAGUCUGUCUCUGUGUGGGGGUCUCUAUGAGAAGCAUAGUCUGUCUCUGUGUGGGGGUCUCUAUGAGAGGCAUAGUCUGUCUCUGUGUGGGGGUCUCUAUGAGAAGCAUAGUCUGUCUCUGUGUGGGGGUCUCUAUGAGAAGCAUAGUCUGUCUCUGUUUAGGGGUCCUCUAUGAGAAGCAUAGUCUGUCUCUGUGUGUGUGUCUCUAUGAGAGGCAUAGUCUGUCUCUGUGUGGGGGUCUCUAUGAGAGGCAUAGUCUGUCUCUGUGUGGGGGUCUCUAUGAGAGGCAUAGUCUGUCUCUGUGUGGGGGUCUCUAUGAGAGGCAUAGUCUGUCUCUGUGUGGGGGUCUCUAUGAGAGGCAUAGUCUCUCUGUGUGGGGGUCUCUAUGAGAGGCAUAGUCUCUCUGUGUGGGGGUCUCUAUGAGAAGCAUAGUCUCUCUGUGUGGGGGUCUCCGGCCAUUCGUGCUUUAUGUCCUCUGAUGCUACCCGUCUUUCACCCAGACCGUAGGAAGGAGGACUAGACUAUAGGUUCUACAGCUACUAAAUCCCCAUCAGAUAUGAUGCUAAGUGUUUUAGGUGGCUUGACCCAUAGUGAGCUUUCAUCCUUCAAAAUGCCAUAUCAUUUGCUAUCCAUCAACUGUCCAUUUAUUGAGGAGGUGCUACAACAGGGGGCUCUCCCCCAAACCUUGCCCCUCCCCUUAUCCUGUAAUGAUUGAGGUUUUCCUGCCUGCGCCUGGCCCUGGUCCAGUUCUGUCAGUAAUCAGCUGUCAGCCAGUACCCAGGACCUCAUUCAGCUCAUUAUUCCAUUCCUCAUCUCUGUCCCGUUGUAGAGACACUCUGACAGGGACAAGUGUCUCAGGUGAGAGAGAGACGUCCCCUGGGUGCAUGUUUUGGUUGUUGCCCCUAGCACUACACAGCUGAUUCAAAUAACCAACUCAUCAUCAAGCUUUGAUUAUUUGAAUCAGCUGUGUGGUGCUAGGGCAAAAACUAAAACGUGUACGGGGGGGGGGGAGGGGGGCAGGACCGAGUUUGGGAAACCCUGUUCAAGAGGAGUCAGUCAAGUGGUUCAGUGCAUUUCCCAGGAGAUUAGAAUGUGUGGUACCAGUACACUACAGGAAGAAGCAUUACCUUAUAGUAUUAAUACAGGAAGAAGCAUUACCUCAUAGUAUUAAUACAGGAAGAAGCAUUACCUUAUAGUAUUAAUACAGGAAGAAACAUUACCUUAUAGUAUUAAUACAGGAAGAAGCAUUACCUCAUAGUAUUAAUACAGGAAAAAGCAUUACCUUAUAGUAUUAAUACAGGAAGAAGCAUUACCUUAUAGUAUUAAUACAGGAAGAAGCAUUACCUCAUAGUAUUAAUACAGGAAGAAGCAUUACCUUAUAGUAUUAAUACAGGCAGAAGCAUUACCUUAUAGUAUUAAUACAGGAAGAAGCAUUACCUCAUAGUAUUAAUACAGGAAGAAGCAUUACCUAUAGUAUUAAUACAGGAAGAAGCAUUACCUCAUAGUAUUAAUACAGGAAGAAGCAUUACCUCAUAGUAUUAAUACAGGAAGAAGCAUUACCUUAUAGUAUUAAUACAGGAAGAAGCAUUACCUCAUAGUAUUAAUACAGAAAGCAUACCUUAGAUAAUACAGGAAGCAUUACCCCAUAGUAUUAAUACAGGAAGACGCAUUACCUUAUCGUAUUAAUACAGGAAGAAGCAUUACCUUAUAGUAUUAAUACAGGAAGAAGCAUUACCUCAUAGUAUUAAUACAGGAAGAAGCAUUACCUCAUAGUAUUAAUACAGGAAGAAGCAUUACCUUAUAGUAUUAAUACAGGAAGAAGCAUUACCUUAUAGUAUUAAUACAGGAAGACGCAUUACCUCAUAGUAUUAAUACAGGAAGAAGCAUUACCUCAUAGUAUUAAUACAGGAAAAGCAUUACCUUAUAGUAUUAAUACAGGAAGAAGCAUUACCUCAUAGUAUUAAUACAGGAAGAACGCAUUACCUCAUAGUAUUAAUACAGGAAGAAGCAUUACCUCAUAGUAUUAAUACAGGAAGAAGCAUUACCUUAUAGUAUUAAUACAGGAAGAAGCUUACCUCUAGUAUGAAUACAGGAAGAAGCAUUACCUCAUAGUAUUAAUACAGGAAGACGCAUUACCUCAUAGUAUUAUACAGGAAAAGCAUUACCUAUAGUAUUAAUACAGGAAGAAGCAUUACCUUAUAGUAUUAAUACAGGAAGAAGCAUUGCCUUGUAGUAUUAAUACAGGAAGAAGCAUUACCUUGUAGUAUUAAUACAGGAAGAAGCAUUACCUCGUAGUAUUAAUACAGGAAGAAGCAUUACCUCGUAGUAUUAAUACAGGAAGAAGCAUUACCUCAUAGUAUUAAUACAGGAAGAAGCAUUACCUCAUAGUAUUAAUACGCGAAGAAGCAUUACCUUAUAGUAUUAAUAUAGGAAGAAGCAUUACCUCAUAGUAUUAAUACAGGAAGAAGCAUUACCUCAUAGUACACUGCUCAAAGAAUUUAAGGGAACACUUAAACAACACAAUGUAACUCCAAGUCAAUCACACUUCUGUGAAAUCAAACUGUCCACUUAGGAAGCAACACUGAUUGACAAUCAAUUUCACAUGCUGUUGUGCAAAUGGAAUAGACAACAGGUGGAAAUUAUAGGCAAUUAGCAAGACACCCCCAAUAAAGAAGUGGUUCUGCAGGUGGUGACCACAGACCACUUCUCAGUUCCUAUGCUUCCUGGCUGAUGUUUUGGUCACUUUUGAAUGCUGGCGGUGCUUUCACUCUAGUGGUAGCAUGAGACGGAGUCUACAACCCACACAAGUGGCUCAGGUAGUCCAGCUCAUCCAGGAUGGCACAUCAAUGCGAGCUGUGGCAAGAAGGUUUGCUGUGUCUGUCAGCGUAGUGUCCAGAGCAUGGAGGCGCUACCAGGAGACAGGCCAGUACAUCAGGAGAUGUGGAGGAGGCCGUAGGAGGGCAACAACCCAGCAGCAGGACCGCUACCUCCGCCUUUGUGCAAGGAGGAGCAGGAGGAGCACUGCCAGAGCCCUGCAAAUUGACCUCCAGCAGGCCACAAAUGUGCAUGUGUCUGCUCAAACGGUCAGAAACAGACUCCAUGAGGGUGGUAUGAGGGCCCGACGUCCACAGGUUGGGGUUGUGCUUACAGCCCAACACCGUGCAGGACGUUUGGCAUUUGCCAGAGAACACCAAGAUUGGCAAAUUCGCCACUGGCGCCCUGUGCUCUUCAUAGAUGAAAGCAGGUUCACACUGAGCACGUGACAGACGUGACAGAGUCUGGAGACGCCGUGGAGAACAUUCUGCUGCCUGCAACAUCCUCCAGCAUGACCGGUUUAGCGGUGGGUCAGUCAUGGUGUGGGGUGGCAUUUCUUUGGGGGGCCGCACAGCCCUCCAUGUGCUCGCUAGAGGUAGCCUGACUGCCAUUAGGUACCGAGAUGAGAUCCUCAGACCCCUUGUGAGACCAUAUGCUGGUGCGGUUGGCCCUGGGUUCCUCCUAAUGCAAGACAAUGCUAGACCUCAUGUGGCUGGAGUGUGUCAGCAGUUCCUGCAAGAGGAAGGCAUUGAUGCUAUGGACUGGCCCGCCCGUUCCCCAGACCUGAAUCCAAUUGAGCACAUCUGGGACAUCAUGUCUCGCUCCAUCCACCAACGCCACGUUGCACCACAGACUGUCCAGGAGUUGGCGGAUGCUUUAGUCCAGGUCUGGGAGGAGAUCCCUCAGGAGACCAUUCGCCACCUCAUCAGGAGCAUUCCCAGGCGUUGUAGGGAGGUCAUACAGGCACGUGGAGGCCACACACACUACUGAGCCUCAUUUUGACUUGUUUUAAGGACAUUACAUCAAAGUUGGAUCAGCCUGUAGUGUGGUUUUCCACUUUAAUUUUGAGGGUGACUCCAAAUUCAGACCUCCAUGGGUUGAUAAAUUUGAUUUCCAUUGAUAAUUUUUGUAUGAUUUUGUUGUCAGCACAUUCAACUAUGUAAAGAAAAAAGUAUUUAAUAAGAUUAUUUUAUUCAUUCAGAUCUAGGAUGUGUUGUUUAAGUGUUCCCUUUAUUUUUUUGAGCAGUGUAUUAAUACAGGAAGAAGCAUUACCUCAUAGUAUUAAUACAGGAAGAAGCAUUACCUUAUAUUAUUAAUACAGGAAGAAGCAUUGCCUUGUAGUAUUAAUACAGGAAGAAGCAUUACCUUAUAUUAUUAAUACAGGAAGAAGCAUUACCUCAUAGUAUUAAUACAGGAAGAAGCAUUACCUCAUAGUAUUAAUACAGGAAAAAGCAUUACCUCAUAGUAUUAAUACAGGAAGAAGCAUUACCUCAUAGUAUUAAUACAGGAAGAAGCAUUACCUCAUAGUAUUAAUACAGGAAGAAGCAUCACAUCAUAGUAUUAAUACAGGAAGAAGCAUUAUCUUAUAGUAUUAAUACAGGAAGAAGCAUUACCUCAUAGUAUUAAUACAGGAAGAAGCAUUACCUUAUAGUAUUAAUACAGGAAGAAGCAUUACCUCAUAGUAUUAAUACAGAAAAUGUAAUACUCAUAAUAAAUAAUAAUAUAUUACAUUUCUUUAGCGCUUUUAAUCAUCUCAAACAUCAUGAGUAUCCUAACUAUAGUUAGGUCAGCCAAUAGAGGCCAAGUCUUCUGAGUACAUGCAUCCUCCAAAGAUGGAGGGGAUACUUCAUGGCUGAUCAGAGGAAGGUGGUCAGGGAGAUGGUUGAUGAAGAGUCUGAUGAUGAUCAUGUAGAGGGCUACAUCCCUACGGUGAAGCAUGGUGGUGGCAGCAUCAUGCUGUGGGGAUGUUUUUCAGCGGCAGGGACUGGGAAACUAGUCAGGAUCGAGGGAAAGAUGAACGGAGCAAAGUACUGAGAGAUCCUUGAUGAAAACCUGCUCCAGAGCGCUCAGGUCCUCAGACUGGGGGCGAAGGUUCACCUUCCAACAGGACAAUGACCCUAAGCACACAGCCAAGACAACGCAGGAGUGGUUUCGGGACAAGUCUCUGUCCUUAAGUGGCCCAGCCAGAGCCCAGAUUUGAACACAAUCUAACAUCUCUGGAGAGACCUGAAAAUAGCUGUGCAGCGACGCUCCAACCAUUCAACCUGACAGAGCUUGAGAGGAUCUGCAGAGAAGAAUGAGAGAAACUCCCCAAAUACAGGUAUGCCAAGCUUGUAGUGUCAUACCCAAGACGACUUGAGGCUGUAAUCGCUGCCAAAGGUGCUUCAACAAAGUACUGAGUAAAGGGUCUGAGUACUUAUGUAAACAUAAUAUUUCAGUUAUUUAAAUUUUUUAUACAUUUACAAACAUUUCUAUACACCUGUUUUUGCAUUGUCAUUAUGGGGUAUUGUGUAUAGAUUGAUGAGGGGGGAAAAACAAUUUAAUCAAUUUUUGAAGACGCUGUAAUGUAACAAAAUGUGAAAAAAGUCAAGGGGUCUGAAUACACUAUGUAGAAUAUUGGCCUGUUGGAAACUACAACUCUCUACUACAUCACACGGCUGGAAACUACAACUCUCUACUACAUCACACGGCUGGAAACUACAACUCUCUACUACAUCACACGGCUGGAAACUACAACUCUCUACUACAUCACACGGCUGGAAACUACAACUCCUACUACAUCACACGGCUGGAAACUACAACUCUCUUACUACACACAACGGCUGGAAACUACAACUCUCUACUACCCUACAUCCACACGGCUGGAAACUACAACUCUCUACUACAUCACACGGCUGGAAACUACAACUCUCUACUACAUCACACGGCUGGAAACUACAACUCUCUACUACAUCACACGGCUGGAAACUACAACUCCCUACUACAUCACACGGCUGGAAACUACAACUCUCUACUACAUCACACGGCUGGAAACUACAACUCUCUACUACAUCACACGGCUGGAAACUACAACUCUCUACUACAUCACACGGCUGGAAACUACAACUCUCUCCACAACUACUCUACUACAUACAUCCCCCAACCGGCUGGAAACUACAACUCUCUACUACAUCACACGGCUGGAAACUACAACUCUCUACUACAUCACACGGCUGGAAACUACAACUCUCUACUACAUCACACGGCUGGAAACUACAACUCUCUACUACAUCACACGGCUGGAAACUACAACUCUCUACUACAUCACACGCUGAAACUACAACUCUUACUACAUCACACGGCUGAAACAACUUACAAACACUGCCUCUGACUACAUCCACGGCUGGAAAUACAACUCUCUACUACAUCACACGGCUUGAUCUGAUUUUAUCUCUAGAGAAACUGGUUCUGGGGUCUGGACCUGCCAGUACACUGUUAGGUGAAACCUUGGUUCUGGGGUCUGGACCUGCCAGUACAACCAGAGAAAAACGUUGAUGGUAGUCAGCAGAGCUGCAAAUGAGUGUGCUGUGCUGUAGACUAGAGCUAACCAAGCACACUGAGCCAAUUACACUGGAGAGGAGAGGAGGAGAGAGGCAGGUCACUGGGACAUCAGCCUCUCCUCUCUUACCCACUCGGUGGUCCCUGAUGAGGGAAUAUUCCAAUUCUUGACCAUUAUGAUUGGAAGCAAGUCAUUGAUUGUUUCCUGUCUGGAUAAGCCAGCCUUCAGAGCCAAACCAUCGACGUUGUCCGUCUUUGUACUAUUGGUCACCUUACCCAGGGCUGGUGCUAACAAUUCACAUGUAAAUAACUGAGUGUGGCGGUUAUUUGCAUAUUUCUAACAAACGCUCUUCUGUCUCGCUCUCUCUACAGGGUCUUCUGGACAAGUUCCUCAUCCCCAAUGCUACUCCAGCCGAGAGCAAAGUCUUCUAUC